AUGAAGCCAGAAGCGAUUUUCACCGAUAAGGGAUAUGAUAUGGCGGUAGCGGUUAGACUUGAUGCCAUAAAUCGGCAAUUACUAAAGCUGGGUGAUUUCGGGGCGAUCGACUAUACUUUGUAUAUCGAAGCAGAUGUUGACGCUGAUGAUAAUUGGGUGUAUUCGCUGAAAUCGCGGCCUCAAGAAAUUCUCUUAGACCCCACAACCGGAAGACCAAAGAAACCCACCCUUAUUGGCGAAUAUCGACCUUUCUUUGAAGCGACCCCAGGAAAUAGCCGAACAAUAAUGCUGAGUGUGGUGUUCCGGUCUGGACAGAUCUGGGCCCCAGGAGCGUCGGGCUCGGGACUCUGCUGGGAUGAUAUUGGCGAUCAUUUCAAGAAUAUAAUCUCAGUGGAUGCUUCGAUGGCAAUGCUUAGCCCUCGCUCGGGACUCUGCCAUUCCUUCGACAUCACAGGGAAAGUCUUCAAUAUUUGGCUUGCGGCCUUUGCUGGAACAGGUUCCUUUCUCUUUGGAUACGAUGCCGGUGUGAUGACCGAUGUCAUCGGCUCGCCCAACUUCCUGAACUACUUCAAUACAACCGAUACUUCUGCGAUCAUUGGCGCUAUCAAUUCAUUCAACGGCGGCGCAGUAUUCGAUUCCCUCAUGGGAGGGCUCACAAUGGGUCACUUUGGAAGGAAAAUGACCAUUCAGAUCGGCGCGCUUAUCUGUCUCAGUAAAUGA